GUAAGUUAUCUAUGUUUGUAACGCAUGGUUUCAGUGAUAGACCAGCCAAAGUUAAUUGGAAUGUCAUUAAAGUUUGAGUUAAUGGGGGUUGGGGUGGGGAGCUAGUUUGAGUGCACUAGUCCUGCUGUUGGAUAUGUGUGUUUCAUUAAUAAUAAUGGAUGUUUGGAUGGAGCAAAAGGGUGGGGCUCCACCUGCUGCCACCUGUUAAUACCAGAGCUCUAUAUAAGCAUCGGUCAUCCUUAUGGCAGACCAGAAGCCUCAAGGAUCGCACCACUACUGGAUUUACUUCACAACAGGGACAAGAAGAUAUUGUGUCUGAGGAAAUUUUCCACCUCAAAGGAUCCGUUUUCAAGACCAGCGCUGGCCUUUGAGGACCUUCGGCCCCGAAGUCAUGAAGCCCCGCAGACCGAGCUGUGCAGAUUCAGGGUCGGAAUCUGACUCCAGAGACCCAGAGAAGUUUGAGAGUGCCAUGCGGCGAAGGAUGGCGGCCAACGCUCGAGAGAGAAAGAGGAUGCAGGGCCUGAACACCGCAUUCGACCGCCUCCGCAAAGUGGUUCCUCAGUGGGGUCAGGACAAGAAACUCUCCAAAUAUGAAACGCUGCAGAUGGCCCUGAGCUACAUUAUGGCCCUCAACCGAAUCCUGACCGACGCCAGCAGACACACGGCUCCUCAGAAAGACUGGCUGGAUCUACAGUUUGACGGCCUACAGCCAGAGACCUAUUCUUGCUUUAUGCGCUAUAACUCCCCUGUGGAAAAUAACUGUAUGCAUUCCUCCUUCUCCUAUCACUACGAAAGCCUCUAAAGCUCUCACGGACUGAUAAGUAAUGGCGCGUUUACUUGUAUCUUUCUUUGCAUAGAUACAGGAGUCAGUAAAUAUCCUUGUAUUACUAUGUAAUAUUUUAUGUUUAUGGUUCUGGAUAUCAAGUGUUUUAGCUUUAAUAGAGUCAUGAGGCAUUCUAGGAGUAGAGUUGCUUUAAUUGUUGCAAAAAAAGUAUGUUUUUCUGUACAAUUUUAGAAAAUCUUCCAUCAUGCAUGCAUGAGUCGAUAAAAACACAGAUUUUCAUAUUUUUUUAUUGCUUUGUAUCAAAUCUUUGUGUAUAGUGUGUGCUCAGCUAAGUUAAAGCUGGAAAACAUACAAAAACUACACUGUGAUCUUAUUUUGCCAAAAUGGCAUCCUAAAUUGCUGUUCCAUUUCUUAUUGAUUUUUGGUACUGAACCCAAUAAGAAAAAAAUGAAUAUGGAAGGCUAAUAAUAAUAAAGUUAAAAUAGUAUCUUGUAACUAUAUACAGUGUUUUGUAUGGUAGGUGAUGUAUUUUGAGCUUUAGUUUAAACAGGAUUUAAAAUGUGUUAAAAAUGUCUUUUGUUUAU